CCCCCGGUAGAGGAUGUUCAGACAGUGCUGAGUCCAGUGGUGAGCUGUGGCCCCCCAGGGGUCCUCCUGACCCGCCCAGUCAUCCUCACCAUCCACCACUGUGCCAAGGCUGAUGGAGACGACUGGCAGAUCGAGCUGAAGAACCAGCUGACACAGGGCCAAUGGGAGGUGAGAACGCUAGGGGUCAGAGAGCAGCCAAUCAUCUAGCUGUAGAUGCCAGUAUUGUUUAUACAUAUAGCUAAGAGGGCAGGGACUAGUCAUUACAGAAUACACCUGGAGCAUUAGUGCUUGCAAAAGCAUGUAAUGUUAAAAAGAAGACAGGAAUUGUCAUGAAGCUUUUCAGAUUCAAAUACGUGAUGUUGACAAAGGCUUAAUUCUAUAAAAAAUCUUUUUUUUAUAUACCUUUAUUUAACUAGGCAAGUCAGUUAAGAACAAAUUCUUAUUUACAAUGACGGCCUACACCGGCCAAACCCGGACGACGCUGGGCCAAUUGUGCGCCGCCCUAUGGGACUCCCAAUCACGGCUGGUUGUGAUACAGCCUGGAAUCGAACCAGGGGGUCUGUAGUGACGCCUCAAGCACUGAGAUGCAGUGCCUUAGACCACUCACCACUAUAGUGUUGAAUUGUAUAGUGGGGAAACAGACAGGUGAUGUCUACUGGGCAGGAGGAACUGCAGGAGACAUAUAAUCUGUCCCAAAUGGCUCCCUAUUCCCUAUAGACUCUGGUCAAAAGUAGUGGACUGUAUAGGGAAUAGGGUAUCAUUUUGGGGCACAGCACCCAAGCUCAAUUAGACGAGCAGGAUGGUUGAAAAGCUGUUAUCACAAGGAAUUUGCUCAAGUUCCACCCCUCCAUCCAUCCUUCCUUUCUCUCCCUCUCUUCUUCUCUGCCGCUCUCUCAGCGUGAACAGACUACCUGGAGAAGUUUACUUUGUGUGUGUGUGUGUGUGUGCAUGCUCUGUAGUGUGUGAUAGGGGCCCACUCCUGGUCCUGUAUUGAUGGUGUGUUAGUACUGUUUAUGAUAAGACUGUCUGCAGGUAACACUGUGUGAACAAGGCCCCUAUGUUAUCGCACAGAAACACAAUGUCUGCCCACAAUUAUGCAUGCAGCAGCCGUGUGUGCGCAUGCAUGCCUGUGUGUGUGUGAGAGAGAGAGAGAGAGAGAGGGGGAGCCAUCCAUCUUUAGUUCCUUUGUGCUGCGGUCUCCAUUUUACACUACUUUCCUCCAACUCAGUAACAUUAGAAUGUGGUGGCUUUUUAGACUGCUGAAGCUGCAUUCACUAGCACAGGGGAGCUUCUACAUACUAACUCGGUUAGCUCUAUAAAACUAACCCCACAUCGCUGUGGCUUUGACCUAGAUAUACAGUGUAUAGACACUGAUUUUGGGUCAGUUUUACAUUUCCCCCACUAAUGGUUAAGGUUAGGAUUGGGGGAGGGGAAGCUGAUCCUAGAUCCUUAUCUAGUGAAACUUUACCACAAAGCUAGAUAUACGUAGGGUAGAUCUUAUAGAUUCCAGACUGUCAGAGGGACAAAUAAACUGUUAAGGGCAGACGGAGAGAGAUGAACCUGACUUAAGGAGUGAUUGGCUUCUGCUGAUGUUGAACAAUAGAUUCCUGUGGGUUUCUGUGGCUUGUCUUUUUGCAUCCUGGUAAAACUAUGUCUACGUCCCAAAUGGCACCCUAUUCCCUAUGUACAGAAGUGCACUACAUUUAGGACAAAAGUAGUGCACUAUAUAGGGAACAGGGUGCAAUUUGGGAUACAUAUUACAUUAUGUGACCCUCUUCAUAGAGGACUGUCUCAUUUCCCACAGAAGUACUGUAUAGGGACUAAAGGACAAACAGUUAUUAAUGUCACUUCAGGGAAAGUCAUUUAAAUCUACUCAAAAGAAUGACCUGGCAAAUACAGUACCUGUACAGUAUAAUGCUACAGCACCAUGGUGUCCAUAUUAGGAGUAAUGUCAUGAGAAGCUGUACUGUACUAAAGCUGACAUAGCACACAUUUAGGAAUGAUGAUGCCGAUUUUGCAAUGAAGGUCUACAGUAGCCUCAACAGCACUCUGUAGAUUAGCACCAUGGUGUAGCCGGAGCACAGCUAGCUUCCGUCCUCCUCUGGGUACGCUGACUUCAAUACAACACCUAGGAGGCUCAUGGUUCUCACCCCCUUCCAUAGACUUACCCAGUAAUUAUGACAGCUUCCGGAGGGCGUCCUCCAACCCAUCAGAACUGUUGCAGCACGAACUGACAUGUUGUCCACCCAAUCAAAGGAUCAGAGAAUGAAUCUAGUACUGUAGGCAUAAGCUACAGCUAGCUAGCACUGCAGUGCAUAAAAUGUUGUGAGUAAUUCACUCAAAGAGAGAGAAAGACAAUAGUUGAACAGUUUUGAACAAAUUAAGUUCUUCCAAAAUGAAGGACUUUCAUUUACUUACCGAGCAAAUGCAGUGGCUAGUUUAGCCCACUCCCAAAAAAAUUACAACCUGUAAUUUAAAUAUUAUUUGGACAAACACAAAAUAGUCCAAAUUGGGGAAGUGAAAUUGAAAAGAUAACCCUGAAGGCCCUGCUAAGCUCCACAGCGGAGAUUGGAGUAUCUGUCCAUAGGACCACUUUAAGCCGUACACUCCACAGAGCUGGGCUUUAUGGAAGAGUUGCCAGAAAAAAGCUUAUUGCAUAAAGAAAAAAGACUCCCCAAACAUAUGGAAGAAGGUACUCUGUUCAGAUGAGACUAAAAUUGAGCUUUUUGGCAAUCAAGGAAAACGCUAUGUCCGGCGCAAACCCAACAGCUCUCAUCACCCCGAGAACACCAUCACCAUAGUGAAGCAUGGUGGUGGCAGCAUGAUGCUGUGGGGAUGUUUUUCAUCGGCAGGGACUAGGAAACUGGUCAGAAUUGAAGGAAUGAUGGAUGGCGCUAAAUACAGGGAAAUUUGAGGGAAACCUGUUUCAGUCUUGCAGAGAAUUGAGACUGGGAUGGAGGUUCACCUUCCAGCAGGACAAUGACCCUAAGCAUACUGCUAAAGCAACACUUGAGUAGUUUAAGGGGAAACAUUUAAAUGUCUUUGAAUGGCCUAGUCAAAGCCCUACCUCAAUCCAAUUGAGAAUGUACACCAGCGGAACCCAUCCAACUUGAAGGAGCUGGAGCAGUUUUGCCUUGUAGAAUGGGCAAAAAUCCCAGUGGCUAGAUGUGCCAAGCUUAUAGGGACAUACCCCAAGAGACUUGCAGCUGUAAUUGCUGCAAAAGGUGGCUCUACAAAGUAUUGAAUUUGGGUUGGUGAAUAGUUAUGCACGCUCAAGUUCAGUUUUUUUUGUCUUAUUUCUUGUUUGUUUCACAAUAAAAAAAAAUAUUUUGCAUCUUCAAAGUGGUAGGCAUGUUGUGUAAAUCAAAUGAUACAAACCCCAAUUCCAGGUUGUAAGGCAACAAAAUAGGAAAAAUGCCAAGGGGGCGGGGUGAAUACUUUCGCAAGCCACUACAUAUGUCGAUGUUGGGGUGGUGCUGGAAAGUUUCCCUUUAAAUGCAUAGAAUGAAUAGAACUGGGUCCCAAUUCAAGUCAAUGAUUCUUCCGUUCUAUGCAUUCUAUUUCUAUGCAUUUAAUCCUGUCUGAUAGGUGAAAUCCAGAGAGAUAACUUUUAAGGAAAAUGGGUCCAGAAGACGAAGGGUCCACACUGUCUGUGCUGAGCCCAGCAACAUCCUAGGUGUGUUGUAAGAACACAUUUAUCAAACAAAGAAGAAAAUCACUGAAUACACGCCUUAUAGAUGACCAUUGGCUCAUAAUACCUCAUAACAGCCUCACUACUUUUAUUUCAAAUGAGUGCCUGUCAUAUGUGUUCCCCCCUACCCUAAGGGUUAAUUACAUACACUACCAGUCACACUUACACACCUACUCAUUCAAGGGUUUUUCUUUAUUUUGUAUAUUUUUUACAUUGUACCAAAAAAAGUGUUAAACAAAUCAAAAUAUAUUUUAUAUUUGAGAUUCUUCAAAGAGCCACCCAUUGCCUUGAUGACAGCUUUGCACGCUCUUGGCAUUCUCUCAACCAGCUUUCUGUAAAGGCCUUUAAUUCCUUUUUUUCUCUCCUCAUAAUAGCCGGGAAAUGAAUGCUAGUGUGUGGCUCAUGUACUGUAUGAUUAUAAAUAAUAGAAAGCAGAGCAUCAUGGCGUGAGACAAUGCAGUGUUGGAACAAGGAGUUAUGGCACAAGUAGAGGAGUCACUGGAGAAUGUAGAGGAGAGGUCGGACAUGGGCAGUGUGUAUUGUCUGGGUGGCAGUGCUGCUCGUUCACGCACGUGUGCACGUUCAUACAUACACACAGCCACAACCACACACAUACACGUCAUAUAGACAAGGGUGCCGCUGUAGAGUUGGAUUUAUACCAGGGGAAUGCAAUAGGGCCAGUCUCUUAUCAUACCAUAACCAAGUGUGUGUGUUUGUUCUUCAGGACGUGGUGGUGGUCGGGCAGGAGAACUUCACCACGCCUUGCUACAUCCAGUUGGAUGAGGAGGCGUGUCACCUGCUAACAGAGACCCUAGGUACCUACUGCCUGGUGGGCCAGUCUGUCAGCAAGUCUGCUGCCAAGCGCCUCAAACUGGCCAUCUUCGGCCCCGUGUCCAGCACCACACUGGAGUACCACAUCCGAGUCUACUGCCUGGAUGACACCCAAGAUGCACUCAAGGUACAGGGGACCACUAAGACCUCUAAGACUUAGGAUAGUCUUAGAGGUACCAACUCCUUGUGACUCUGAGGCUAUCCUAAUAUGGACAGCAUACACCAAUUAAAUCAUGCUCUCUCUCGCUCGCUCACUCACUCCCACAUUCACUCACCAGGGAGAAGAUUUUGAAAACAAAUGUAUAAAAAAAAAAAAAACUGAAAUAUCACAUUUACAUAAAUAUUUAGACCCUUUACUCAGUACUUUGUUGAAGCAACUUUGGCAGCGAUUACAGCCUCGAGUCUUCUUGGGUAUGGCGCUACAAACUUGGCACACCUGUAUUUGGGGAGUUUCUCCCAUUUCUUCUCUGCAGAUCCUCUCAAGCUCUGUCAGGUUGGAUGGGGAGCAUUGCUGCACAGCUAUUUUCAGGUCUCUCCAGAGAUGUUCAAUCGGGUUCAAGUCCGGGCUCUGGUUGGGCCACUCAAGGACAUUCAGUGACUUGUCUCGAAGCCACUCCUGUGUUUUCUUGGCUGUGUGCUUAGGGUCGUUGUCUUGUUGGAAGGUGAACCUUCACCCCAGUCUGAGGUCUGAGCCAUGAAGUGCUUUGAAAGGCUGGUCAUGGCUCACAUCAACACCAUUAUCCCAGAAACCCUAGACCCACUCCAAUUUGCAUACCGCCCCAACAGAUGAUGCAAUCUUUAUUGUGCUCCACACUGCCCUUUCCCACCUGGACAAGAGGAACACCUACAUGAGAAUGGAAUUCAUUGACUACAGCUCAGCGUUCAACACCAUAGUGCCCUCAAAGCUCAUCACUAAGCUAAGGACCCUGGGACUAAACACCUCCCUCUGCAACUGGAUCCUGGACUUCCUGACAGGCCGUCCCCAGGUGGUAAGGGUAUGUAACAACACAUCUGCCAUGCUGAUCCUCAACACGGGGGCCCCUCAGGGGUGCGUGCUCAGUCCCCUCCUGUACUCCCUGUUCACCCAUGACUGCAUGGCACAACUCCAACACCAUCAUUACGUUUUCUGACGACACAACAGUGGUAGGCCUGAUCACCAACAACGUUGAGACAGCCUAUAGGGAGGAGGUCAGAGACCUGGCCAUGUGGUGCCAAGAUAACGACCUCUCCCACAACGUGAUCAAGACAAAGGAGAUGUUUGUGGACUACAAGAAAAAAAAGAGGACUUAGCAUGCCCCCAUUCUCAUCGACGGGCUGUAGUGGUGUCCACAUCACCAACGAACUAUCAUGGUCCAAACACACCAAGACAGUUGUGAAGAGGGUACGACAAAGCCUAUUUCCCCUCAGGAGACUGAAAAGAUUUGUCAUGGGUCCUCAGAUACGCAAAAGGUUCUACAGCUGCACCAUCGAGAGCAUCCUGACUGGUUGCAUCACCGCCUGGUAUUGCAACUGCUUGGCCUCUGACCGCAAGGCACUACAGAGGGUAGUGCGUAUGGCCCAGUACAUCACUGGGGCCAUGCUUCCUGCCAUCCAGGACCUCUAUACCAGGCGGUGUCAGAGGAAGGCCCUAAAAAUUGUCAAAGACUCCAGCCACCCUAGUCAUAGACUGUUCUCUCUGCUACCGCACUGCAAGUGUACCAGAGCGCCAAGUCUAGGCCCAAAAGGCUUCUUAACAGCUUCUACCCCCAAGCCAUAAGACUCCUGAACAGCUAGUCAUGGCUUCCCAGACUAUUUGCAUUGUCCACCCCACCCCCUCUUUUAUGUUGCUGCUACUCUGUUUAUUAUCUAUGCAUAGUCACUUUAACUCUACCCACAUGUACAUUUCAUUUACAUUUUAGUCAUUUAGCAGACGCUCUUAUCCAGAGCGACUUACAGGAGCAUUUAGGGUUAAGUGCCUUGCUUAAGGGCACAUCGACAGAUUUUUCACCUAGUCGGCUCGGGGAUUAGAACCAGCGACCUUUCGGUUACUGGCACAACGCUCUUACCCACUAAGCUACCUGCCGCCCUCAAUUACCUUGACUAACCGGUGCCCCUGCACAUUGACUCAGUAUGGUUACCCCCUGUAUAUAGCCUCCGUACAGUUAUUUUAUUUUACUGAUGCUCUUUAUUUUUUAUUGUUAUUUUUUACUUAUCUAUUUUUUACCUAACACUUAUGCAUAUUCUUGAUACCAUUUGAAAGGAAACACUUUGAGGUUUGUAGAAAUGUGAAAUUAAUGUAGGAGAAUAACACAUUCGAUCUGGUAAAAGAUAAUACAAACAAAAAAACAUGCAUUUUCAAUUUUUUGUUUUCUUCCAUAAUCUUUGAAAAGCAAGCGAAAGGCCACAAUAUAAUAUUGCAGUAUAGGCGCAAUUUAGAUUUUGGCCACUAGAUAUAAUAUGCCAUUUAGCAGACGCUUUUAUCCAAAGCGACUUACAGUCAUGUGUGCAUACAUUUUUACGUAUGGGUGGUCCCGGGGAUCGAACCCACUACCCUGGCGUUACAAGCGCCAAGCUCUACCAAUUGAGCUACAGAGGACCACUGGCAGCAGUGUGUGUGCAAAGUUUCAGAUUGAUCCAGUGAAGCAUUGCAAUACUGCACUAUUUUGUAUCAUGUCUGCCCAAAUGUGCCGAAUUGGUCAAUUUACACAUUUUCAGGUACAUAACUAUAGAGAACAUACACAAAUGAUAUGGUAAAUCCAGGCUCUGUCGCAGCCGGCCGCGACCGGGAGACUCAUGGGCGGCGCACAAUUGGCCCAGCGUCGUCCACGGUAGGGGAGGGAAUGGCCGGCAGGGAUGUAGCUCAGUUGAUAGAGCAUGGCGUUUGCAACGCCAGGGUUGUGGGUUCGAUUCCCACGGGGGGCCAGUAUAAAAAAAAUAUGUAUUCACUAACUGUAAGUCGCUCUGGAUAAGAGCGUCUGCUAAAUGACUAAAAUGUAAAUGUAAAAAAUGUAUGUAAAUGUAAUACAAAAUGUAAGUUUACACACUCCCAGGAAUGUCAUAUAUGAUGGAUCAUUAGCUUAUACAGUCGUGGUCAUAAGUUUAGAGAAUGACACAAGUAUUGGUCUUCACAAAGUUCGCUGCUUCAGUGUUAUGAGAUUUUUGUCAGAUGUUACUAUGGUAUACUGAAGUAUAAUUACAAGGAUUCCAUACGUGUCAAAGGCUUUUAUUCACAAUUACAUUAAGUUUAUGCAAAGUCAAUAUUUGCAGUGUUGACCCUUCUUUUUCAAGACCUCUGCAAUCUGCCCUGGCAUGCUGUCAAUUAACUUCUGGGCCACAUCCUGACUGAUGGCAGCCCAUUCUUGCAUAAUCAAUGCUUGGAGUUUGUCAGAAUUUGUGGGUUUUUGUUUGCCCACCCGCCACUUGAGGAUCGACCACAAGUUCUCAAUGGGAUUAAGGUCUGGGGAGUUUCCUGGCCACAGACCCAAAAUGUCUAUGUUUUGUUCCCUGAGCCACUUAGUUAUCACUUUUGCCUUAUGGCAAGGUGCUCCAUCAUGCUGGAAAAGGCAUUGGUCAUCACCAAACUGUUCUUGGAUGGUUGGGAGAAGUUGCUUUUGGAGGAUGUGUUGUUUGGAAUCCGAAUGUUUGGAAUGGUCAGUGGGGAUCUAAAGACUAAUCAUGUCAUAUUGUUUAUUGAUGUCAUAAAAAAUGUUAUAACAAAAUUACUGUAAUUUGGAAAGUAUACACACUUAAUCUGUCAAGUUUACAUCCAAUAUGUUGUGUAUAUAAUAUGGAGAAUUACGAGAGAAUUUUGUUAAGAUAGAAAUGUGAUUUUAGUUUUCUAACAAAUUCAUAUAUUUUCAUAUAAGCUAUGCACGGUGACUAGACACGCCCGAGUGAGCUCAGAGACCGUGUCAGCAAGUAGAAACACCCCUUUUACCAGAGUGCAUAAAAAGCCUUGGUAACUAAAUUUACAUUAGACCAGAAAGCGUGGAGCUGUGGCUACACGGCUUAAAAUGGUUAGACCAGAAAGCGUGGAGACGGUAGUCCACACGUUUGAAAUGCUUAGAACUUUGAAUCUCAACAUGAGGUGAAGAAGAUAAACUCACCAGACUAGACCUGAACAUUGCCAGUCUAAAGUAAAGCACUUCAAACUCUGACUAAAGAUAUGAGUUGGGAAGGAGAAAAUCCCAUCUCAGACAAUCACUGAGUCUCUGCUCUGAGUACACUCCACUACAAGCCAGGACAACUAAGGACAUUGUGAGCUCUGGUGGACAACCAGAGCCUUACCUCAACAAACCCCCUUCCCCAUAGAAGGAUUUAUUGGUUUCAACAGAGAGAGACGACGAACAAAGAUGUCUACACGUAAAUACAUUCAUGACUUCUUACCCAAACGGCGGUGUUUCGUGAGAAAAGUAUUAUGAUUACUUUGAGGGUAGCUUCCAAAUGUAUCAACGAUAAGUUGACUCUCUCUUUGUCUCUCCCUCUCCCCCUCCCUCUCUCUUCCUUACCCCUCCCUCUUUUGAUAACCAAGCAGUCAUGCUGUUAGUCCGCUAAGGACUUUUUAUAUUAAGUGUAUGUAUUCUGUGUUAUUAUUUAGUUAGCUAGUAAAUAAAUAAUUAAGCCAAUUUGUGUAGUGCUGAAUCAUAAGUAAAGCUGGGGUUCUUGCGGAUCCAAGAAUUUUGCGACCGUUCAGAAUGAGACUGAUGAGGUAAUGAUUGAUACGUUGACUGUUUUACACAUAUUGAUAGGUAAAUACCUUUCAGAGUUUAAUUCGGGAGAUGGUAACUCUAUAAACAACUUCUUCCGUGGUGCCCCAAAUCCUAAUUAGUUAAUUGUUACAUGAUUAAUUUAAUCAAGUAACAAUUAAACAUAGUUGAUUUGAUAAAUAACAGUCAUCAUAUUAAUGAAAGUCACGUCACGACAGUGUCUUUAGGUGCCUUUUGACAAACUCCAAGCGGGUUGUCGUGUGCCUUUUACUGAGGAGUGGCUUCCGUCUGGCCACUCUACCAUGAAGGCCUUAUUGGUGGAGAGCUGCAGAGAUGGUUGUCCUUCUGGAAGGUUCUCCCAUCUCCACAGAGGAACUCUAGAGCUCUGUCAGAGUGACCAUCGGGUUCUUGGUCACCUCCCUGACCAAGGCCCUUCUCCCCCGAUUGCUCAGUUUGGCCCGGGGGCCAGCUCUAAGAAGAGUCUGGGUGGUUCCAAACCUCUUCCAUUUAAGAAUGAUGGAGGCCACUGUGUUCUUAGGGACCUUCAAAGCUGCAGAAAUGUUUUGGUACCCUUCCCCAGAUCUCUGCCUUGACACAAUCCUGUAUCGGAGCUCUACGGACAAUUCCUUUGACCUCAUGGCUUGGUUUUUGCUCUGACAUGCACUGUCAACACUGCCUUUCCAAAUCAUGUCCAAUCAAUUGAAUUUACCACAGGUGGACUCCAAUCAAGUUAUAAAAACAUCUCAAGUAUGAUCAAUGGAAACAGGAUGCACUUGAGCUCAAUUUCGAGUCUCAUAGCAAAGGGUCUGAAUACUUAUCUAAAUAAGGUAUUUCUGUUUUAAAUAUUUUAUAAAUUAGCAAACAUUUCUAAAAACCUGUUUUUGCUUUGUCAUUAUGGGGUAUUGUGUGUAGAUUGCUGAGGAAAAUGUUGUAUUUAAUCCAUUUUAGAAUAAGGCUGUAACGUUUAAAAAAAUGUGGAGUGAAGGGGUCUGAAUACUUUCCGAAGGCGCUGUAUGUCUGUAGUUGAAUGUAAUAAGUUAUCUGAUAUACACUUACACAAUGACUCUUCACCAGUUUGCUGGUUUGCACUAGCCUCACAUGGAUUUAGGCUUAUGCAUCCAGUAUCAUAAUGGAUACUACCAUUGUGGUUAAGUCAAAAGUUAUUUUGUGUCCGUGUCUUUCCUGCUGUAGGAGGUCCUUCAGAUGGAGACUCAGAUGGGAGGAAAGCUGUUGGAUGAACCAAAAAUCCUGAACUUCAAGGACGGCACCCACAACCUGCGCCUCUCCAUCCACGACAUCCCCCACGCACAGUGGAAGAGCAAGCUGCUCGCCAAGUACCAGGUGAGCUCAUGGUGAAAAAAUUGGAGUCUACUUGACUUGCGUCGCAAUAAAUAAAUCAUAUAUAUAUAGUAUAUAGUCUUCGAAGACUAUAUACAAUAUAUAUUGAAGAAUUAUGUUGUCUCAGACUGGUUUCAUAGACGAGACGUAACAUAGUAAACGUAAAUCCGGGACACACAAAUUAGUAUGAUAUGUUACGUUUGGUAUAGUUACAUAAGACAAAAGGUUACUUAAGGCAAAAAUGAAAAUAGGGUGGUUGCGUCUAGCAACCCAAGGGUUGCGUGUUUGAAUCUCAUCACGGACAAUUUCAGCUAAUUAGCAACUAGUUACUACUUUUUAGCUACUUUGCAACUACUUAGCAUGUAACCUUAACCCUUUUAGCUAACCCUUCCCUAACCAUUUAACCUAACUCCUAACCCUAACCUUAACCCCUAGAGCUAGCUAACGUUAGCAUUAUCUACCUAGCCACCUAGGUAACAUUAUCAACAAUUUGGAAUUCGUAACAUAUCAUACAAAAUGGAUGAUGGAGAUCCACAAAUGUAAUACAUACCAUAUGAAACUUAACAUAUCAUACUAAAUGGAGUGUCACAGAUUCACGUACAGAAUAAUACGAAAUGCUCUGAGACAAAGUUAUGUGUCUGUGUGCUAACCCUUCUGUGUAUGUGUGUGUGUGUGUGUGCUUGCAUGUGUAUUUGUGUGUGUGUGUUUAUGUAUGUGUAGGAGAUCCCUUUCUACCAGGUGUGGAGUGGCUGCCAGCGGACCCUGCACUGCACCUUCACCCUGGAGCGGUUCAGUGCCAGCACCACAGAGCUCAGCUGUAAGCUGUGUGUACGCCAGGUGGAGGGAGAGGGACAGAUCUUUCAACUCAGCAGCACUUUGUCU